AUGAAUGUUCACAUUAUAGAUGUAGACAGCGGAAAUAUCCGCAGUUUGCAGAACGCUAUUCACAGUCUGGGAUACCAGGUUGUACUGGUCCGGAACCUCGACGAAGCAGCAGCCCUUGAAGACGCAGAAAAGGUCCUUCUUCCUGGUGUGGGCAACUUUGGGCACUUUAUGGAUCAGGUCCACCUCAAGCAGCUGGCUGAUCCCAUCAAAAAGUACAUCAACAGCGGCCGCCCGAUCAUGGGGAUUUGUGUGGGUUUGCAGGCUCUGUUUGAGGGUUCCGUGGAAAGCCCUACAUCCCAGGGACUGGCCAUUUUAAAGGGCACGGUUGACAGGUUCUCGUCGACCACCAAAUCUGUCCCGCACAUUGGCUGGAACGGAGUCAAAGUCUCCCUGCCCACUAGACUGUAUUCUAUCGAUCCAACGGAAAAAUACUAUUUUGUGCACACAUAUGCCCGACUGGUGAGCGAGGCCGACGUCGAAAAAGAGUUCCCUGGCUGGGACUAUGCAUUGGGCCGCUAUGAAGACGAGACUUUCAUUGCAGCGUUAGCCAAAGACAAUCUGUUUUUCACGCAAUUUCAUCCAGAAAAGAGUGGACGGGCUGGCUUGAACGUUAUUGAUGCAUUCUUGUCUGGAAACCGUACAGAUGGCGUUGCAGUUGAUAACUCUCUGUCAACGGGGUUAACUAAACGAGUAAUUGCCUGCUUGGACGUGCGUACCAAUGAUCAAGGUGAUAUUGUGGUUACCAAGGGAGACCAGUACGAUGUGCGUGAUAAAGGUGAUAAAGGUUCUGUGCGUAAUCUCGGUAAGCCUGUAGAGGUUGCUGAAAAGUACUAUCAACAAGGUGCCGACGAGGUGACUUUUCUGAAUAUUACCUCGUUCAGAAACUCACCUAUUCAGGAUUUGCCCAUGCUUGAGAUUCUCCGCGUCGCCUCCAAAUCAGUCUUUGUACCUUUUACAAUCGGCGGUGGCAUCAGAGAUACUUAUGACCCUGCUACUGAUCGAAUGGUUCCUGCCCUAGAGGUCGCCCACCUGUACUUCAGAUCCGGCGCAGACAAGGUUUCUAUUGGAAGCGAUGCUGUGGAUUCGGCCGAAAAGUUCUAUCGCGACGGGUCUGACGGGUCUUCUCCUAUCGAGACCAUUUCUAAAGCAUACGGUGCGCAGGCUGUGGUGGUUUCUGUUGAUCCUAAACGGGUGUACGUCUCGAAGCCUUCGGAAACACGUCACCAUACGUUCAAAACACAAUUCCCGGGCCCAAAUGGCGAGGAGUACGUUUGGUACCAGUGCACAACCAAGGGCGGUCGUGAAGACCGCGAUCUUGGAGCUUACGAGCUUGCUCAAGCCGUCGAGAAACUGGGCGCUGGUGAGCUCUUGUUGAACUGCAUUGACAAGGACGGCACCAACUCAGGCUUCGAUUUGGAAUUGGUCCGUGAUAUCAAGUCUGCCGUUCGCAUCCCCGUCAUCGCGUCAUCAGGUGCUGGUAAGCCCGAACACUUUUACGAGGUGUUUGAAAACACCACCACCGAUGCAGCGCUUGGUGCAGGCAUGUUCCACCGCGACGAAUACACUGUUGGUCAGGUCAAGGAAUACUUGAGUUCACGCGGCCUGGUCGUUAGAUAG